UUCAUCUUACCCCAGACAUGCUCAAUAAUGUUCAUGUCUGGUGACUGGGCUGACCAAUCCUGGAGCACCUUGACAUUCUUUGCUUUCAGGAACUUUGAUGUGGAGGCUGAAGUAUGAGAAGGAGCGCUAUCCUGCUGAAGAAUUUGCCCUCUCCUCUGGUUUGUAAUGCAAUGGGCAGCACAGUUGUCUCGAUGCCUGAGGCUGUUGAUGUUGUCAUCCACUCUACAGAUCUCUCGCACGCCCCCAUACUGAAUGUAACCCCAAACCAUGAUUUUUCCUUCACCAAACUUGACUGAUUUCUAUGUAAAUCUUGUGUCUUUGAGGGUUCCAAUAGGUAUUCUGCAGUAUUUGUGAUGACUGGGAUGCAGUUCCCAAAUCUACCUUUUGCCACUUUUACAAAUGAUCAACUUGAAGUCACGUUAUUAUUUGUUGCUCUUACAACUGGGAUCGACGACAAGAUUUUGUCAGAUGCAAAACGUCUGGGUCAGCUGGAUGUCAAGCUUAGGUUUCAAAUUACAUCUAUUUCGAUCCGACGCUAGUCAUUGGGGCGAGGAGAUGAUUGACAGAUAAAUGGGCGGGGCCAGAGCUCUACGUCUGCCUUCUCUGCACGUUUUUUUCGUGCUAAUAGGAAAAGGAACCGAGGAUGAGGAUGAAGAGGAGCUGACAAUCCGCUUCCAUGAUCAUCCCCGCGCUCAAUCUCUUUUGCGAGACUUGUUUAAGGGCAUUAAGACCAGCAUGAAACAUCUGACCAUUCUCCUUAAAGGGACAGUACACUUUAAAAUCUGACAUAUGCAUCUAUAUCAGCAAUAACAACAUUAGUCUUUACAGAACAUGUAAAGUAUAUUAAUUCACUUCAAGUUUAUUUGUAUAGCGCUUUUCACAAUAAUUAUUGCUUGACAAAAGGUGCACAUACAAGCAAAUUAGGAACAGUUAAGGUUAUUAGUUACAGGUUAUUAGUUACCUUUUACUAAAUGACUAGUGACUAAUAGCUUUUAACAGUUGAAGUUAAUAAAUAUUAAAAAAAACAGAUAACCUACAGUAAUAUAGUAUAUAGGAAAAUAAAGAUUCAAUUAUUAUUUUAAAAAAUCAGCUUGGAACUGAGUUGAUCUGUCAUUAUGAUGAGCAAACACACUUUAUGAUGUUUCAAACAAUUCUAUAAUCAUAUUUAUCCAAGUAUUUAGCAAAACAUGCUGCAUUUGAGCGCAGUAACAGAUUGUCUGCUUAUCAGUAAUGCCCGGUCAGCCUGUAACAAUGACCUCAUCCAGAAGGAGGCAGUCACCCUGUGUAUUAACGUGUCCAAGCAGCAGCCCUUUCCUUCUGUGCGGGUCAGCACUUUGCGUGUACCUGUCUAUGAUGACCCUAAUGAAGACCUGUACAGGUAUUUUGACCGCUGUGCUGAUGCCAUAGCCAGUGAGGCAGGACGGGGGGGACGGACUGUCGUGUACUGUAAGAACGGACGCAGCCGCUCAGCUACUGUCUGCGUGGCCUAUUUGAUGAAGCACCAGAGUCUCACUCUAACAGAUGCCUUUCAGGUAGUAAAAAGUGCCCGCUCAGUAAUCGAGCCGAACCCAGGAUUCUGGAGUCAGCUGGAGCGAUAUGAGCAGGAGCUGAAGAUCAGGAAGUCAGGCAGCAGAAAAUCCAAACUCCCUCCACCUUAACCUUAUUCCAACAUUUUCACACUUUACAUUGUCACCCUUUAUGGCUAGACCUGUUAAUAUAAUGCUUGAUGAAAGUUAAGGGCUUAGACGCAGCUAUGAAUAUGAAUUCCUUUAAAUUAGGAUACGUGCCUUAUAUUGUUAUCCUGAAGUUGUUGUAUUUAUUAGCAUUUUUGAAAACUUAAAUAGCUUUUUUAAAGUGCUUUUUAACUUAAAUUAAUUGUGUUGUUUUCUGCGAAAUAUACUGCAGUUUUUCUGAUGGAGGCAUCCCUUUAACAAACCUAGAAAACCUCAAAAUUGCUAGAAUAUUGUCACAGAAUAGAGUAACAACAUGUCCUAACUACACAUGCCACAACACAGGAUAAAGGGUAUCUUUUUCAUGUAAAAACAUUUUUGUCCUAACCAUCUGUGACAGCGAUGUGAGAACACCUCAGGUACAGAUUAUGUGCUUUAUCCAGUGUUAAAUGCUACCAGUGUUUGAAUAACAUUACACGUGACAUUUAUUGCCAUACUACUGAAAGCAGCAGCAGAAAGUUCACCUCAGAUUGUGAAAAAAAAUAGCUAGCAAACAGUUUGAAAACUAUGUCUAUGUCAUGCUCACGCGAUCUGUAUGUCUAUGUUGUGCGCAUACGAUAUUAUGUUGUGCACACCCGAUAUGUAUGUCUAUGUCAUGCACACCCAAUAUGUAUGUCUAUGUUGUGCACACCUAUUAACAUAGAUAUGUCCCACAUUUUGUCACACGCGCGCGCAAUAGUAUGUUGUGCACAUGUGAUAUGUAUGUCUAUGUCGUGCUCACGCAAUAUGUCGUGCGAACACGAUAUGUAUGCCUAUGUUGGUCGAAAGUGAUUUGUAUGUCGUGCUCACAUGAUAUGUAUGUUCUGCACACACAAUAUAUAUGUCUAUGUUGUGCGCUCAAGAUACGCAUGUUGUGCAAAGGCGAUAUGUAUGUAUAUGUCAUGUGCACGCGAUCCGUAUGUUGUGCACACACAAUAUGUAUGUCUAUGUUGUGUGCACGCGAUACGUAUGUCGUGCGCAUGCGAUAUGUAUGUCUAUGUUAUGUUGUUAUGUGCACGCGAUACGUAUGCCAUGCACACACGAUACGUAUGUCUAUGUUGUGUCCACACGAUACGUAUGUCGUGCGCAUGUGAUAUAUAUGUCUAUGUUAUGUGCACGUGAUACGGAUGUCAAUGUUAUUUGCACCUGAUACGUAUGCCAUGAACACACGAUACAUAUGUCUAUGUUGUGUGUACGCGAUACGUAUGCCGUGCACAUGCGAUAUGUGUAUCUAUGUUAUACGCAUUCAAUAUGUAAGUCGUGCACACACUCCGUAUGUUGUGCACACACAAUACGUAUGUUUAUGUUGUGUGCACAUGAUCCGUAUGUUGUGCACACAUGAUACAUAUGUCUGUGUCAUGCGCACAUGAUCCAUAUGUCGUGCACACACAAUACAUAUGUCUAUGUCAUGUGCACGCGAUCCGUAUGUCGUGCACACACAAUACGUAUGUCUAUGUUGUGUGCACAUGAUCCGUAUGUCAUGCACACACGAUACAUAUGUCUAUGUCAUGCGCACGCAAUCCGUAUGUCGUGCACACACGAUACGUAUCUCUAUGUUGUGUGCACGCGAUACGUAUGUCAUGCCCAUGCGAUAUGUAUUUCGAUGUCAUGCGCAUGCAAAAGUCUUCAUUACUCCGUAGCAUCGCGUUUGGUACAGACAGCCCAUUUGCUUGUCACAGUAAUCGUUGCGUUGCAUGUACUUAGGACAUCUAAACACUUAAUAUAAUGACUUCAUGUUCAUUAAAAAUAUUUGAUAUAACUGUCUACUUUUUAGACAUUUACAUUUAGUCAUUUAGCAGACGCUUUUAUCCAAAGCGACUUACAAAUGAGGACAAGGAAGCAAUUUACACAACUAUAAGAGCAGCAGUGAACAAGUGCUAUAGACAAGUUUCAGGUGUGUAAAGUCUAAGAAGCAAAGCAUCAGUUUUUUUUUUUUUUUUUGAGAGAGAGAGAGAGAGAGAGAGAGAGUACAGUUAGUGGUAUAGCCAGAGAGGCAGUUAAGAUUAGGAAGGAAAGUGGAGACUAAACAGUUGAGUUUUUAGUCGUUUCUUGAAGACAGAACAGCGCUGUUUUCUGGGAUGAUUGUAUACUUUGCUGUACACUGGUGGUGUCAGGUUAGAAACUAAAUAUUCAUGAAGGUCUUCCUUUCCAUCUAAAAAAAUCUUUGUUCAUGGUAAUAAAUACAUUAACUAACAUUAUUAACUACAUGUUCCUUAUUGUAAAGAGUUACCCAUUUAACACACAUGAAGUGUCUUAAUAUAAUAUAAAUGUCUGAACAAUGUUCAUUAAUUUUUGGGAUUUGCCCAAUAAAGAAAUCAAAUAAUAAAACUUA